GAAGUUGGACAUUGAGGGUUUCAGGGAAGCAAGUCAGUCUUCUGAAGCAAAUAAAUCUUGACAAGUAUUUUGACAUAAGAUCCCAACAAAUUUGCUCUUAAUAUGCGAAAAAAACAGCAAAAAGUCGUCAAAACAAGUCGACCAAAAACCUUCCUCAGCGUGGGCUAGAGGAGGAACAACAAAACACAGAGUUUCCAAGGAAACCACGUUUUUAGCAUCGAAGCUAUUGUCAAUUCCGCGGAUUGCCCGCGGAUAAUCCCCGGGGACUACUCUCGACUCAGUCUGAAUGUGAUUUUCAAAAUGGACGACGCUGCUCUCUGCAAAUAUGCAGAUUAAUAUCGAAUUUUAUUGUCACGUACCAAAAGUGCAGAACAGGAGUGAAAGAACCAGUAAAUAAUUUAAAGGCGACUUGUCCUUUCUGCAAAAGCUCCGGGAUUAAGCGUUGAUCGUUUUUUUCUCAUGGAUGUAAAGAACGGAGUCUGAACUUUGAUUGUGCAACAAAGCGGGAAAUAGUUAGUUUACGAAAAGACAUUUCAAAAUAGUGGAUAUUAUCUUGCUCAUGAAAGAAUUAAAGUAUGCAGAAACUAUGGAAAGAGUUUAUGAUUUCUGGAGCGUUUAUCCUUAUGUUAUACUUUCUGCAUGCUGAUGCUGCAAGCAGCUGUUCACCAGGGAAAUUCUACCACACCAGUAAUGGAACUUGGGCAUGCUAUGAUUGUCCACCUGGACACUACUGUCCAGGUGACAAAAACACCUCUGUCCCAUGUCCCCUUGGCUACUAUAACAACCUGACUAACCAAGCAGAUUUGGCAGCAUGCAAGCCAUGCCCUGCGGGAUUUUAUUGUCCAAACAGAGGGGAGCUUCCAAAACAGUGUCCUCUUGGUUUUUAUUCAAACAUCACUGGUAGCACUACCUGUUUUAUAUGCCCUGAAGGAUUCAGUUGUGAAAUAGCAUCAUCAAAGCCAGCUGCCUGCCCCACUGGCUAUUAUAGUGCAGCUGGUAACAUUACUUGUACUCCAUGCCCUGCUGGUCAUAAAUGUGUCAAUGGUGCCUCACCAUCUCAAUGUGCCAUAGGCGAAUAUGCUACUUUUGCAAGUGGGGUUUGUGCAGAGUGCCCUUUAGGGCAUAAAUGCCCAACUCUUGGGAAUGUAUCCCCAGAACCCUGUCCAGAUGGAUAUUAUGCAAGUGCGACACGCCAAAGUAGCUGUGCUAUUUGUGAAGCAGGAAGAUCAUGUGCCACCAAAACUAACAGCACCGAAUGCCCAAGAGGGUAUUAUAGCCCUCAAGGAGCAAUGAUUUGUUCAAUGUGUGGGGCAGGAAAUUACAGUUUGGCAGGGGCAGCAGUAUGCCUACCAUGUCCAAAUGGUAUGUCCUGUCACGAUCCUGCCCAAGAUCCAGUUCCAUGCACAAAAGGAUAUUACUCUUCAAGUGGCAUAGCAACAUGUCAAAUAUGCAGCACCGGGCUUCAUGGAUUUGACAAUGGGACAGGAUGUGAGCCAUGUGCAGCAGGGUAUUAUUGCCCUAGCCCAAGCCUUCCAAUGAUCAAGUGCCCUCUUGGAACGUAUUCUCUUGGUGGAUUUGUAACAAAUUGCACAGCAUGUCCUGCUGGUUAUUCCUGCCCACAACCAACGUCUCCUCCUGCAAAAUGCAGUGGAGCGACGUAUGCUCCGGAAUACAGCACCGAAUGUCUCAAAUGUCCAGCUGGGUUCAGCUGCUUGAACAAUACGAUGAAAGAGCCAUGCCCAUACAGCGUAGCUUCUGGAUUUUAUUACAGCACAGAUGCAAUGCAAACAUGUUCGGUGUGCCCAGAAAAAAGAUCAGGCCAGGUCUGUGAAUCCAGCUCAAAACCGCCCAUUACCUGUCAGACCGGACAAAUCCCAAGCUCCAACGGAACCGGUUGCCUGCUAUGCCGUGCCGGGUACUAUUGUUCAUCACCGACAGCGGAUGAAUUGGCAUGCAGUCCUGGACAAUACUCAAAACCUGGAGCUACAGCAUGUAUUCCUUGUCCUGUCGGAAACAAAUGCCCAACAACCUCCAGCUAUCCACAAGCAUGUCCUGCUGGACAGUAUCAAAAUACCGGAUCGCAAUUGACUUGUCUUACAUGCCCGGGUGGUUAUAAAUGUCCGGAUCCUACUGCGGCACCGCAGCCAUGCGCAGCAGGGGAAAUCAGUGGACCAGGAGUAACCAAAUGCAUUCAAUGUCCAGCCGGGUUUGCGUGUCCGAAUAUUUCAAAUCCGGCUCAGAAUAUUGCCUGUCAAAAUGGAACAUACUCUAUUGCCGGUAAUAUGAUUUGCACCCCAUGUGUGGCUGGAAAAUAUUGCCCAUAUACAACUAUUGAUAUCGAGAUUGACUGUCCUCCGGGUACAUACUCCUCCGCAUCAGCCAGUAGCUGUACGAGCUGCCCCGCAGGAAAAGAGUGUACAUCUGCCACUGCAACUCCAGUGAACUGUCCGCCAGGAGAAUUCAGCACCGGGGGUCAAGCCCAGUGCACGAUUUGUUCGAAAGGCAACGCCUGUCCGAAUACAACCACAGAUGAAAUGAUAAAAUGUGACCCCGGGUUCUAUGCAACACAAGGUCGAACACAAUGUACAGCGUGCAGGGCUGGAUUUUAUUGCCCAAAAACUGAUGCGCUUGAGGAGUUUGCCUGUUCAGAGGGGACUUUCUCGUUGGCAAAUUCAACAAAAUGUACUCCUUGUCCCCCUGGAUAUGAAUGCCCUGACAAGAAUACAGAUACAAUGACUGCAUGCAAGAAUGGCACAUAUUCUCUCGGCAGUCAGAUAAAAUGCACAGAGUGUCAGCCUGGAUUUAGGUGCCCAUUGACAACAAGUGGACCAAUUCAAUGCCAUCCUGGUCAAUUUUCAGUCAUAAACUCCGUGACCUGUCAGACAUGCAAGGCAGGUUUUCAGUGUAGCAACCCCGCAGAUCCUGUGGAAUGUAUGGCUGGAUACUACUCGCAACCUGGUUGGGCUGCUUGCAAACUUUGUGACACCGGGUACACUUGCGCUGCCGGAUCAAACUCUUCGACGCCUUCAUCAGGGCAAUGCAAAGCUGGUGGAUGGUGUGAUGGUAAACUGUUUUAUCCUUGCCCGGCCGGAACAUACAACUUAUUCACAGGAUCAAAAGCACCGUCAGAUUGCGUCAAAUGCCCAUCCGGUUACUAUUGCACUGGCCCUGGUGUAAUCAACUACAAUACAUCUAUAUGCCCGGCAGGUCAUUAUUGUCCCGAGGCAACAAAAUUUGCUCGCGAAUUUCCCUGUCCCGCAGGAAAAUACGGCCCGAACACAACGGAAACAUCUGAGUCUGACGCAUGUGUAGUGUGUGCACCCGGCUACUACUGCCCCCAAGGCACUGCUGGUCUUACUAACCUCUGCCCGCCCGGCUACUUUUGUCCGGUUGGAACUGGCGCAGGUACUAGAUUUGCCUGUCCGCUGGGUACCUAUUCCAGUCUAAGUGGACUCGUGAAUGCUUCACAAUGUAUUGAUUGCCCUGUCGGCCACUACUGUCCGGAUGGUACAAAUGGACAAGCAUCUGUAGCUCCGUUACCCUGUCCACCUGGUUCCUAUAAUCCAUAUACUAAAGGCGGACAUGUCCUCAAUUGCAGACCUUGCUCGGCCGGUUUCUCUUGCCCACGAGCUGGUCAAAAUGCUUCCACUGAUCCUUGCAUGGAAGGCUAUUACUGUCCUAAUGGUACAAUAACAAAUACUCAAUUUCCCUGCCCUCCUGGAUCAUAUACCAAUAGUACAAGCUUAACAAGACCGGAGGAAUGUACACCAUGCCCACCUGGAUUUUCGUGUGGCUGGGCAACCGGGUUUCCCACAAGCCCGUGGCAACCAUGUCAGCAAGGUCAUUUUUGUCCGGAAAGUACACCAUCACCAACUAAAUUUCCAUGUCCUCCUGGCACAUUCACUAAUAGCUCAAGUCUCUACAUGGAGAGCCAAUGUACAGACUGCUAUCAGACGUACUAUUGCCCCGGGGGUGAAGCAGCGCCUAGAGAUUUAUGUCCACCAGGAUUCUACUGCCCAACAAAGACCCGGUUAGCAACUGAGUUUCCAUGCCCGAACAGGACAUAUAAUCCUGACUGGGGUCUUUUCAACCAGUCACAAUGCAAGACAUGUACUCAAGGACAUUUCUGUGAAAAAGGAACCGUCACACCAUACGAGUGCCCCAUAGGCACAUACAUGCCAUAUGGGUACAACAGCACGUCUGGCUCAAGUGUUGGCACAGCUGCAGGGUACCAGGCAGAUUGUUUGUCAUGCACAGCUGGGUUUUAUUGUCUCAAUGCUACAGUAACCCCUUUCAAAUGCGGCAAAGGAUUCUACACGAAGGCUGGCCAGUCAGUUUGUCAGCGUUGCCCGCCCGGAUAUUAUUGUGACAAUGAAACAACUGCAGACUUUGAUAUGUACGCGAACAAGAAAUGCACUGCAGGGAAGUAUUGUGGAGGAGGAUUGAAAGAUCUAGGCGAAGCGACCAAUUGCAGCACUGCUCACUAUUGUCCGGCAGCAACCCCUGUUGAGAUACCUUGCCCAGUGGGUACAUACAAUUCGGAUGAAAAUGGGCCAAGUAUUGCUGCCUGUAAGCCAUGCACGGCUGGCUACUACUGCUUGGAAAAGACCGUCACUCCAACCCUACAGUGUGACAAAGGCUAUUAUUGUCCCACCAACAUAACGGAUGGUGUCUCUGCAUUAAUUAUCGGCUCAUACGGGCCUCAGCAAAUGCCCUGCCCAAAAACAACAUACACUGAUGUCUAUGGUACGCAAAAUGUUGGCUCCUGUAAAACAUGCACCAUUGGAAAUUACUGCAGAGAGGGAACUGCCACGCCCACUGUUUGUCCACGAGGCUACUACUGCCCAGCAAAUAUUUCGGAUCCACAGCCUUGUCCGAUCGGAACAUAUGGCCACGAAACUGGAUUGCAUUACAGAGAGAAUUGUACACAAUGUGAUAAGGGAUGGUACUGUGAUGCUCAAGGGCUUCCCAACCCAAGAGCUCAAUGUGACCCGGGCUACGUUUGUACCGGAGGUGCCUACACGAGCACCCCUACCGACGGGACAACCGGAAACAUUUGCCCAGCUGGAGGAUAUUGUACAACGGGAAGCUGGGUAUCGAAACCAUGUCCCCCUGGAACAUACAGCAAUACGUCUGGUGCCACCAACGAUAAGGACUGUCGCACAUGUGAUCCGGGCUACUACUGUAUGAAAGCUAGUGGCCCUAGUCCGGAAGGUCCUUGCUGGGCAGGUUUUUAUUGCAGUUCAGGAUCAGACCGACCGAACCAAACUGAAGCCGACGCUGGAUUUUAUGCACCGGUUGGAUCAUCAUCGCAACGUCCUUGCCAGGUCGGAACAUAUCAGCCAUUUAAACGUGGUGGGAGCUGUCUCCCAUGUAGACCUGGACAUUAUUGUGACACAACACAGUUAACCACAACUAAGACCUGUCGUGCUGGAUAUUAUUGUCCUGAAGGAAGUGAAGUGGAGAUAGCUUGCCCGGUCGGAACAUACAAUAACUUCACUGUGCAGAAUUUGUCAUCUGCUUGUCUUCCAUGUCCAAAAGGAAAGUUCUGUAGUCCCUCAGCCCAAACAUACCCAACAGGUAAUUGUGACGCUGGUCACAUCUGCUUUGGCUCUGCAACGUAUGCCACCCCAACAGACGGUGUUUCCUGGGGGAGACUUUGUUUACCAGGCUAUUAUUGUCCUGCUGGAACUACGUACGAAAGACCAUGUCCAGAGGGUACCUAUCUGGGGACAUCUGGGGGUAAAGCCGAAGCUGACUGUCAUCUUUGUGACGAAGGGAAGUAUUGCUCUGGCACCAAUAACACUGCACCUACCGCCGACUGUUCUGCAGGGUAUUAUUGCAAGAGAGGUAACCGAAUGCCAAAUCCGAAUAAUGCAACAGUUGGUGGACCAUGUUACAAGGGCCAUCGCUGUCCACAGAGGACUACUAAUCCGAUUCCCUGCGACAUUGGUUAUUACACAAAUGAAACUGGAAAGUCGACUUGUGACAUCUGUCCUGCUGGCUUUGAGUGUGCAUCCGGGUCGGUUACCCCAAUGCCUUGCACGCAAGGGUAUUUUUGUCACAUAGGCAAUGAUGCAAAGUCUCUGGGGUUGAAGCAGCCAUGUCCUGUAGGAACAUUUGGUGCAACACCAGGCUUGUCCCUAGAGUCGCAGUGCAGUAAAUGCUCCGGGGGUAAAUACUGUGACGGUAUUACCAAAAAUAGUGUUACUGGACCAUGCGAUGCCGGAUACUUUUGCAGGGAAAGUGCAAUUAGCAUUCGUCCAGCUGAAGAUACUCAGAAUCCUAAACGAUUUGGUGCUUGUCCGUCUGGUGGCUACUACUGCGUCCAAGGCUCCGUGAGCCCAACGCCAUGUCCGCCAGGCACCUAUGCACCUGGUGGAAAGUUCAAGCUAACUAAAGAAGGUGAUUGCGAUCUAUGCUUAGCCGGGUCCUACUGUGCUGCUGGCAACCAAACAGUCGUGUCCGGUCCUUGUUCUGCAGGCUACUAUUGUAACAAAGGCUCCCCAGACAAGGCUCCUACCAACAUAACAUAUGGUGGAAUUUGUCCGCCGGGAACACACUGUCCGCUAGGAUCCAGCUGGCCAAUACCAUGUGCAGCUGGUACUUACAAUAACAUUUCAGGCCAGGCAAGUUGCUCUACCUGUCCAAAAGGAUUUUACUGUCCUGCUAAUUCUACAUAUCCUAUUGAUUGUCCAUCCGGCUACUGGUGUGAGCAAGGUGCCACUGUUGCUGAUACGAACCCGUGUCCAGCCGGCUACUUCAACAACCUUACUCGAAGAUGGCAUAGAAGUCACUGCCAAGGAUGUACUCCAGGAUAUUACUGUGAACUGCAAGGUUUAAGUGCAGUCACUGGAAUGUGUGACCCUGGCUACUUUUGUUCAAAUGCAUCAAUCGCUGCCCGACCAGGAUCCCUCAGCCAAGGUGGUGGUCAUUGUCCACUUGGAUCUUAUUGUCCCCAGGGCAGUCCACAACCUUUGAUUUGCAAACCAGGACAGUACUGUCCAAACCAAGGUCUCGCUUUACCACUUGCAAAUUGUUCCGAGGGCUAUUAUUGUCUUGCUGGUGCGUCAUCGCCGAAUCCCACAGAUGGUGUCACCGGUAACAUAUGCCCGGCUGGUACCUACUGCCCGGCUGGAAGUCACAAUUACACCUUAUGUCCUCCAGGAACAUUCUCAAAUAGAACCGGAAACACUAAUCUUACUAACUGCCUGAGUUGCACAGAAGGAUCUUACUGCAUGGGCUGGGGCAAUACUGUACCCACAGCUAAAUGUAGCGCUGGAUUUUAUUGUCCGUACGGACAGAGCCGUCCAGAUCCACCAUCAUUUGACUGUUGGAAAGCAUACUAUUGUGAAUCAGGGGCUACAAGCCCACAACCAUGUCCAUCUGGGACGUACCAGAAUGAGGUCCAGAAAUCAACUUGCAAGACGUGCCCCCCUGGCUAUUACUGCGAUGCAUCUGUCUCUCCACUGGUCUCAUACAACGCCUCUGUCUGCCCGAGUGGUCACUUUUGUCCUGCGGGUACCAAGUUUGCAAACGAGUUCAAAUGCCCGCGAGGAACAUUUAACAACGUGACUGGAAUAUCCCUUGCCACUCAGUGUACACCUUGCCCUGGGAAGUAUUAUUGUGAUUAUGAGGGACAAAUAUGGUACACUAAGCUGUGCAGUCCAGGCUACUACUGUCGAAGCGGGGCUUUUGUAUCAACCCCAGAGAUGAUAACACCCGUUGGAGUUGACCACUUCAGGAAUAUGACAAAUUGCACAUGUCCAACAUGCGAGUGUCCUGCUGGCUCUUUCAAUUUUACAAAUGGAGGACCAUGUCCCAAAGGAUUCUACUGCCCACUAGGGACAGACGAGCCAAUCCCGUGCCCACGUGGCACUUACAGUGACAAGUUGAAACUACAGUCCGAGAGCCAGUGCUACAAUUGCACCGCAGGACAAUUUUGUGGGGAAAUGAACCUGACAAAGCCAAGUGGUCCAUGCUGGGCCGGAUAUUACUGUCCUACUGGAGCUGCUAGAGGUGACUGGAUGUCUUGCCCGGAGGGUCAAUAUUGUGAUGUUGGAACCAUUUUGCCUGUAAACUGUCCGAAUGGGACUUACAGAAAUACAACCAAUGGAAAGAAUCUCACUGAUUGCUGGUCCUGCCCUGGUGGAAAAUACUGUGCCACACCCGGUCUUAGUACCCCCACAGGGGAUUGUGCUCCAGGAUACUACUGUCCAGUGGGUAGCUCCAUGCGAGAGCCCCCUGCGAAUAUUUGCCCUGUUGGACACUACUGUCCUGGCGGUACCGCUGCUGCAAAACCCUGCCCAAGUAACAUGAUGGCCAAUUACACAGGGGCACACCAAUGUCAACCAUGUCCUGCUGGAUUCUACUGUUUGGUUUCUGGCGUGCCACUGCCGUGUACGAAAGGUUUUUACUGUCCCGCAGGCACCGGACAUGAUUUGCGUGCUUGCCCUCGUGGAACUAUUGGGGUCCAGAAACAGUAUAGCAAGUUACAAGACUGCCAACCCUGCCCCGCGGGAAAGUAUUGCUCAUUAGAACAUGCUACUAAUUACACUGGGCCGUGUAACGCAGGGCAUUGGUGUUUGUAUGGAAUAGACAGAGCGAAUCCCAUUGGUGUUAACAUUACUGCUUGCAAUGCUACUUACAACGAAACAUGUCCAUUUUAUUACGAUGGAAGAGAAACAGGAAAAGGUGGCAAGUGUCCGGUUGGUCAUUUUUGCCCUGUUGGAACCACUUUACCAAAGGGUUGUGCACCAGGGACAUAUUCUCCAAUCGAAGGUUUAUCGGUUUGUUACCCUUGUAUGGAAGGUUAUUAUUGCCCAUAUGAGAACAUGACGGACUACCACAGCUAUCCUUGUCCUCAAGGACACUACUGCCCCAAUGGAACCAAAACAGCCACAGAAUUUCCAUGUUUGAAAGGAACAUACAACGAUCAAAACAAAAGAAUUAGCAUUAGUGACUGCAUCAGCUGCCAACCAGGCAAAUAUUGUCCGUCAACAGGAUUACCAAGCGCUAAUAAGACCUGUGCUGCACGGUACUUCUGUCGAAGAAAUGCCACAUCGGGAACUCCCAACCAAGGCACUGAUGCAAAUAUUUGUCCGCAAGGUCAUUACUGCCCGGAAGGUACCGGCGAACCUGAGAAUUGUCCGGCUGGAACAUUUAGCAAUCAAACAGGCCUAAUGUUAGUUUCGGAAUGCGUUAACUGCACUGCUGGAGAAUACUGUGGAUCAGCCGGUUUAAACAGGACGAGUGGACCGUGUGAAAUUGGCCAUUACUGCCCAGAAGGAUCAUCAAGUUCCCGUCAAAUACCUUGUGGCCCUGGAACCUUUUGCCCUGCUGGGUCUCGCGAAGAAACCCUAUGUGAACCAGGCACAUUUCAGCCCAAUUCCACAAGAUGGCUUAAAUCUCAGUGCCAGACGUGUACCCCAGGAUUUUACUGUGAAACAUCAGGACUUGGUCAAGUUACCAAUCCGUGUCAAAAUGGCUCUUACUGUCCUGCUGGUUCAAAGGUACCCGCACCAAUCACUUGUCCCAAAGGUUUCCAUUGUCCAACUGGAAGUGCUAUACCUCAACCUUGUCAAAAUGGAUAUUAUACAAACUUCACUGGUGCCUCUUCGUGUCUCAUCUGCCCAAACAGCUUCUACUGCCUCCCUCUGAAUUUCACUGGUGGCAAUGUCACAGUUGUGGGUUAUCACGAUUGUCCGCGUGGCUAUUACUGUCCGGCUGGUACAGGAUCUGACUGGAAAAAAUGUCCACCUGGCACAUACAGUAAUGAAACGAGACUUCAUGAUGUCAGUCAAUGCAAGAGCUGCGACCCUGGACAGUAUUGUGAUGGCAUUAUACUUGUUCAACCGAAUGGUCCAUGCUCAGCCGGAUACUACUGUAAAAUAGGGGUAUCAUUGUCGCAGCCCUACGUUUCAAGUUACAAUCUUACGAAUGACACUUGUCCAUAUGGAUCCCUUCUUGGUCAGACGUUCAAAGGCAUUGGGGAUAUUUGCCCGUCAGGACAUUAUUGCCCGGAAGGUUCUUCGAGUCCGAUACCAUGUCAGCCUGGAUCUUACAACAAUAAGACCGGUCAAAGUAUAUGCGUGACGUGCCCAGCUGGCUACUACUGCCCAGAAACAACAGUCGGCUUUUUACCCAACGUCUGUCCAAGUGGUUAUUACUGUCCAGCUAACACAACACAGCCGAACCAGUACCCUUGUCCACCAGGCACCUACAAUAGUCAAAAUGGACAGAAGAAUGCAAGUUCAUGCAGGGCCUGCCCUCAAGGACAGUACUGUGAAAACUAUGGUUUGUCUUGGCCGAGUGGAUAUUGCAGCUCCGGCUGGUACUGCAAUGGCAGUGCGACGACCAACAAGACACUUACUCACGGCGGCAGAUGCUUGGCUGGCUACUAUUGUCCAACUGGCUCGGCACAACCAUUACCUUGUCCACGUGGGCAGUACUGUGCUUCAAAUGAGCUGGCCAGUCCGACCGGAAAUUGUUCGGCAGGUUAUUAUUGCAAUCUUCGCUCACAAGUACCAAACCCGGUGGGAAUAAGUGAAGGAGACGAAUGCCCAAGAGGGUAUUACUGUCCAGAGGGCACUGUUUCUGCUAUCCCUUGCAAUCCUGGUUACUUCUUGGACAGCAAACUUGCCAAAAAUGUAUCGUUUUGCAAGAUCUGCACCCCAGGGAAGUAUUGCAAUGGCAGUGGUUUGCCGACGCCAUCAGGCAACUGCAGUCCUGGCUAUUACUGUCCGGCUGGUCAAGUAUCUCAAACUGCUGUUGCUUGCCCUGUAGGGCACUAUUGUGUUGGGGGAAAGGGUCAUCCUGAAGCAUGUCCUUCUGGCGCCUAUCAAAACCAAUUGGCACAGUCCGGUUGUAAAACAUGUCCGGAACAAUACUACUGCAAUGCUACGUUUGGGCCGGUGGUCAACUACACGCAUUACAUCUGCCCCUCAGGGUAUUUCUGCCCAGCUGGAACGAAGUUUAGCACAGAAAACCCAUGUGACCUUGGAACUUUCAAUAAUGUAACAGGAAUUGCGAAUCAAUCAGAAUGUGCAAGCUGUCUCGGUGGCUAUUACUGCGGACAAAAAGGACUUUCCUACCCAAAUACCCUUUGUGAUGCUGGCUAUUUUUGCAAAUCAGGGGCAAAAACAUCGACGCCCAUGGAAGGGGCAAAUGCAUACGUAUGUCCACUUGGUCACUAUUGUCUGGUUGGAACUGCUGAACCAAAGAAGUGUCCGAUAGGUAGCCUUGGGUUAUCAACCGGACUCACAAUGGAAAGUCAAUGCACCUUGUGCUUUGGUGGAAGGUAUUGUGACAUACCAGGCAAGUACAAUGACUCUGGACCGUGCCAACAAGGUUUCUACUGCCCGAAUGGUUCCAAGAGUGCCCAGGAAAUUGUAUGCCCUGCUGGAAGAUACUGUCCCCAAGGAAGUGCAACACCUAUGCUGUGCCCAAGGGGUACAUUCAGCAACAAUACUCAGUUGUGGAGAGAAGAUCAAUGUGUUAACUGUACAACUGGAUCUUACUGUGCUGAAAAUGGUUUGACUGAGCCAAGUGGUCCAUGUCGCCAGGGUUAUUAUUGCCCGAUUGGAUCAAAAGUCGAUAAUCCGGUCGAUUGCCCUGUUGGCCUGCAUUGCCCUACUGGAAGCAAAACCCCCAAGCAAUGCUCGCCGGGUUACUUCACAAACACCACAAGGAACUUUGUAUGCAGCCCUUGUCCAGCUGGAUUCUACUGUGUUCCAAUCAACACAAGUGUAACACCCUACCCAGGUAUUGCUGCGUGCCCAAGAGGAUACUACUGCCCUGAAAUGACCGGACUGAACUGGCUACCCUGUCCAAGGGGAACUUACAGCAACAACACCGGGUUAUCAACAUCAAACCAGUGCUUGGACUGUCCUGGAGGUAAAUUCUGUGCGGCUCUGAAUGCCCUAGAGGCAAGUGGCUAUUGUGAUGGCGGCUAUUAUUGUGAGUCUGGGGUUGAUCGAAGGGAUCCUAUUUACUCAAACGGAUCCGUGACUGUCAAUAAUUGCACAAGAGGAGUCCAUACAGGCUUUGGCGGCGUGUGUCCUCCUGGCAGAUAUUGCCCUGUCGGCUCUGUAAGGCCUUUGGGCUGCCCACCGGGAAGCUACCAAGACGAGACAGGCAAAACCUACUGCAAAGCAUGCCCUGCUGGUUACUACUGCUACGAAAACACCACACUGUACAGCCCAUAUAGAUGUCCACAAGGCCAUUACUGCCCGCUGAACACAACAGAUCCCUACCAGUACAAAUGCUGGCCUGGCACAUAUAACCCAUACACAACUCAGACAAAUUCAUCAGCAUGUUUACCUUGUGAUCCCGGAAAAUACUGCGAUGGCUAUGGUUUAGCGAGCGUCACUGCAGACUGCUAUGGGGGAUAUUACUGUCCGAGCGGUGCUAGAAAUGCUACCAUGAUAAAGUGUUCCAUUGGUCAUUUCUGUCCAAAUGGCUCUUCUAGUCAACAGCCAUGCCCAGGGGGGAAGUACUGUGCUCACGAUGGGCAAUCUUCUCCAACCUACGAGUGUGCAGGCGGUUACUACUGCACUUUGAGAUCCAGCUCUGCCACACCCACUGAUGGUACCACUGGAAACAUUUGCCCCCGUGGAAAGUACUGCCCAUUAGGAACUGAAGUGCCCAAGAGCUGUCCGCUCGGGACUUUCCUCAAUUCAACAGGCAAUGUAAAUAUUUCCGAUUGUCAACCAUGCACUCCUGGCUGGUUCUGCGGAGGAAUGGGUCUUCCUGUCCCUACAAACAAAUGCAACCAAGGCUAUUACUGCAUUUCAAAAGCUAACAAUGCCACCCAAUACCAAUGUCCCCCUGGAUACCACUGCCCCGCUGGCAGUGCUGAUAAGCAACCAUGUCCGUCUGGUACCUACCAAAACGAAUGGGCCAAGUGGACCUGCAAGACGUGCCCCACUGGUUAUUAUUGCAACGCUACCUUUGGUCCAGUGUCUCUUUUUGGUUCAUAUGAAUGUCCUAUGGGCUUUUACUGCCCGCCUGGUACUAAAUUUUCAACUGAGUACCCAUGUGGCUUGGGCACUUUCCUAAAUAGAACGAAAGGCGAAUCAGAUGCAGACUGUAUUCCUUGCAUCGGCCAGUUUGUGUGUGACAGCACAGGUCUGGCCAGCCCAUGGAGAUUGUGUAGCAGUGGAUAUUACUGUCGCCGGGGAGUCAAUUCAACGACUCCGAGGGCUGGAACCGAUGGGGACCGUUGUCCACCUGGUCAUUACUGCCCCCAAGGAACUGAUGAACCAAUCGAGUGUCCUGUUGGCACAUUCAGACCAGGCUAUCUUGGCAAAAGAGUUGAAGACUGCCACAAUUGCACAGGUGGAAAAUUUUGUAACAUUACUGGCCUUGUUCAACCGGCCGGUGAUUGUGAUGCAGGCUAUUACUGCCCGAUAGGCGCCUCCUCCCGGACUCAGAUCAUCUGUCCACCCGGACAUUUUUGUGUACAAGGCUCUGAAUAUCCACAAGAGUGUCCGAAUGGUACCGCCUCAAAUGGAACCGGCCUUGCUGCUUCGAACGAUUGUCCCAAGUGUCAAAAAGGGUAUUAUUGCGCUACAACUAAACUAACGACGCCAACCGGUCCGUGCGCAGCUGGUUAUUAUUGUCCAACCGGCAGCAGUAGCGACAAGGCCGUUGUCUGCCCCUCUGCUAUGCACUGUCCUCUGGGUAGCGCCGAACCACAAAACUGCCCUGAUGGAAACUACACAGGCUGGCCGAUGGCGAGUUCUUGCGCAACUUGCCCAGCUGGCUACUACUGUAUCUCGAAACAUGUCAUUCCAGGCCAAAACGAAUCCGGUAUCUUCCCGUGUCCUAAAGGAUUCUACUGCCCGGCUGGUACUGGAAACAACUGGAGACCGUGUCCAUUGGGAACAUACAGCAACAACCUGAAUUUGAAGGAGGAACGUGAAUGUACGCCAUGUGAUCCAGGAAAGUUCUGUGCCAGUUGGAAUAUGACGACCGUAAGUGGAGACUGUGAUCCGGGCUAUUAUUGUGUGUCCGGAUCGCAUACAGCUACCCCACAGCUGACCAACCUUACGCACUGUCCAGCCACGUUUAGUCAUUUGAGUAUUGGAGGAAAAUGUCCAUCAGGGAACUACUGUCCGAUCGGAAGUAAAUCAUAUCAUGCUUGCCUUCAUGGAACUUAUGCCGAUGUGGAAGGCCUAAGUGCAUGCCUUACCUGCCCACCUGGUUAUUUCUGCCUCAACGAAACAUCAAACUACCUUGUUAAUAGCUGCCCGAAAGGACACUACUGUCCUGCUGGAACGAAAGAGCCAUACCAAUUCAAAUGUGCUCCUGGAACUUUUAAUGAUAAGGUUGGAAUGCAGAAUGACAGUGCUUGUCUCCCUUGCGAAGGUGGAAAGUAUUGCGAAGGAUUUGGGAAUUCCAGGCCCACAAACAGUUGUGAUCCUGGGUGGUACUGCCCUUCAAAAGCAGACAAUGCCCGGUUUAGGCAAUGUCAGCCCCGGUUCUAUUGUCCCACAGGAUCAGCUCAGAUGCAGCCAUGUUUGUCUGGCAUGUUUUGUGACACUCCUGAGUUAGCAUACCCCAGAGACCAAUGUGAUGCAGGCUACUACUGCCCUAAUGGCUCGAUAUCUAGGACUGAAGUAGAUUGUCCACGUGGCUAUUUUUGUGGCAAAGGCACGUCGGCGCCAAAAGCAUGCCAACCCGGCACGUAUCAGCCAAUUUUGCGUGCACAUAAUGCUAGUCAAUGUGUGAACUGCACGGCCGGUUUCUACUGUAAUAACACUGCAUUAUCAAGCCCAGAUGGGCAAUGUGGGAAUGGCUAUUACUGUCCUUCCAGACAGAGUCUUCAAUAUCCUCCAGCAUUUAUCUGCCCAAAAGGUCAUUAUUGUCAAAUUGGCUACAGUCUACCAAGGAGAUGUGAAAAUGGAACGUAUCAAGAUAACACUGGAAUGACGUCAUGCAAGGCAUGUUUAGCUGGGUACUAUUGCGAUAAUACUGUCACUGCAGUGACCACACUGACCGGUAGGGAAUGCCCACCCGGAUCUUACUGUCCAACUAGAACGCGGUAUGCGAGAGAGUUUGGAUGCCAACCUGGUACUUGGUCCAACCGGACUGGAUUAGUCAAUCCAUCACAAUGCGAUGCUUGUCCACCAAGGUAUUUUUGCCAGCAACGAGGCCUAAGCAAUCCAGAAGGCCUUUGCUUGCCAGGUUUCUUCUGCAACGGCUCGGCAAGCAGGCCCGACCCACCGGCGAAUCGUUGUCCCCUUGGUCACUACUGCGUAGAAGGAACCUACCUGCCGCAGCCGUGCCCACGUGGCUACUUUGCAAAUCGAACUGGUUCUGCAAAUCUUUCUGACUGCACACCUUGCAGUCCUGGUAAAUGGUGUGACCCCAACGCAGGAGCUGGGGUGACUGAACAAACAUGUGAUCCAGGAUUCAUCUGUGUUCUUGGUGCAACUACUCCAAAACCAACCAAUCUGACUGGAGGUGGCUAUGUUUGUCCCGUCGGGCAUUACUGUACUGCCGGAGCUUUGAGAGAAAAACCAUGUGAUCCAGGAACGUAUAGUCCUACACCUGGUUUAGGCUCCUGUCUUGCAUGCAGAGAGGGCUUCGCAUGUCCUGGCUUUGCGACUGUUUAUCCUAAGACUUGCCCUGUUGGUCAUUAUUGUGGCAAUGGAACAUCGACUACAUCAGGAACUGCUUGCCCCAAGGGUACCUUUCAGCCGAAGCUCAAUAGAUCUAGACUAUCUGAUUGUCUUCUAUGCCCUCCGGGUAAGUUUUGCAAUGAUACUGGGCUUGCCGCGCCUGCAGGGGAAUGUCAUGCUGGUUUCUUAUGCUCGCUAGGCCAGACUGUACCAAAUCCAGCUUCAGGACAAUGUCCAACCGGUCACUACUGCGAAAUAGGUUCUUUGAAUGCCACCUUGUGUCCUGCUGGUACAGUUAGAAAGACCGUUGGGGGUGCGUCAAGAAAUGAUUGUGCACCUUGUGAUCCAGGCCACUUUUGUGAAACACCGGGACUCAAACAACCAUCUGGAAAAUGCUUCCAAGGAUUUUACUGCCCCGAGUCUAUCGAGAUCAAAUUUGCAAAUCCAACAAGCUACCCGUGUCCUAGAGGUUUUUACUGUGGAAGCGGCACUUCUGUGCCCAAAGGGUGUCCUCCAGGGACAUACCAACCCUCAGAGGGAUCUUGGGAAUGUCUCGAUUGCCCAUCUGGUAAGUUUUGCAGAGGUAACACCUCAAUGCCAGAGCCUUGUCCACCACAUACUUUCUGCCUUAAUAAGACAAUUGUUCCAGAGUUUUGUCCAAAUGGAACGUUCACAUAUGCUAAUGAAACCGGACUCUACUCACCAGCACAGUGUAGAUCUUGCAUACCUGGUCAUUACUGCCAACGCGGAAUAAUCGCAGGUCUUUGCAGCGGUGGUUAUAUCUGCAGACGCGGCAGUCCCGACCCUUGGCCUACUGAUCCAAAAAUUGGUGAAAUUUGCCCCAUUGGAUUCUACUGUCCUCCAGGGGCUAUAGACAAAAUCAAAUGCCCUAGGGGCCUUGUCAUAACUACAAAGGGUAGAGCUAAUAUAUCUGAUUGCCAACGAUGUGCGCCUGGUUUUAUAUGUACGGAUGAUAAUACGGUUCCUAUGCCAUGUGGACGCGGCUUCUAUUGCCCAUAUAACAUGGACAGAAUGCCAUGUCGAAUUGGAACAUACAACAAUUAUUCUUUUGCUGAAGAUGAGUCGUUCUGUAAAACAUGUCCUGCUGGAUACUGGUGCAGACUAAAUGGAACUGCUGACUAUUCCCAGAACCAUUGCCCUGUUGGUCACUACUGCGAGGAAGGUGUCUUGGUUCCUGAACCAUGCCCAGCAGGCACCUACCGCAAUGAAACACAAGGCCGUAACAUAAACGAUUGCUUUACCUGCCCACCUGGAAACUACUGCCCCUUGAACGGUUCUACUUUCUACAUCCCUUGUUCAAAUGGCUCCUUCUGCUUUAAUGGCACUGCACAACCAAGACCAUGUGCUGCUGGAUUCUAUUGUCCAGAGGCUAAAUUACAGCUCCCCUGUGCGCCAGGUUUUUACUGUCCGGAAAGAUCAGAAAAGGCAAUACCUUGUCCGAAAGGUCAUUAUUGUGAAGGAGGAAAUACCUGCAACGUCACCCGGGCCGGCACAGUUUUACCAAAGAUUUGUCCAGCAGGAUACAGAGAAAAAGAUGGAGCUCUGCGGCAUACGUUUUCAGACACAUGUGAGGUCUGCAAACCGGGAUUUUUUGGUAAUAUGUCAGAUAGAGCAGAAUGUCAAAGAUGCAGAGCUGGCGUUAUUUGUCUCCAAGGAGCAACCACUGAUUAUCCGUUAGCUAACGAUACGGUGCAUGGAGUUAAAAGAACCAAAUCGUACCCAUGUCCACCUGGGUACUACUGUCCAUCCGGCACUGUUUUACCGACGCCAUGUCCCAACGGCACAUAUAGCAGCGAAAAGUAUGCUGGUGAUCUUUCUAAAUGCUUGCCAUGUGCAGUGAACCAUUAUAAUCAUCUGACGGGACAGGUUGCAUGUUUCCAUUGCGGAGGACAAGCUAAACAGCCCUAUAGAGGUCAACAAAAGUGUCGCUGUAAUGGGCUGCAUCGAGUUUUUAUGCCAAGUGAUAAGACAUGCGAGUGCGAAAAAGGCUACCAGGUAUUAUCCGGCAGGAAACAGGAUUGUGUCCGGAAGUUUUAUCCACUUUGUCCGGAAAGAACCAGUAGAACACAAGAUGGCCAGUGUUUCACGGAGCAACAAUGGGAGCAACAUUGCAAAGCAAAGGUUUGCAAAACGUCGGAGUAUCUUGGAUAUGAUCGUCAGCUUGGCAUGUGCAAAUGCGUGGUGGAGGACCUCGACCAAGUUUGCGGGAAAAGUUGUCGUGUGAAUAACAAGAAACGUCUCCAGUAUGUAUGCUCAUCUCCUCCAAAGCUACGAAUCACUGGCGCUGGAAAUUCAAUUAUCAAGGAAUACACCUAUAGCCAAAUUUCAGCUGUUCCUAGUUUGAAGGAUAGUUUCAGCGUUGAUAAAUGCGAAAAGAUUGACGACAAGGCUUACCCGUGCUACUUCGUUCAGUUGACUGCUAACGGAUUCGAAGGUGUGUACGAUCCUCCAGCAGCCAUUUUGGAAGCCCUGUUAAACUUCAAUGCGGAAGCACCACAAACAACCGCUCCAUCGCGUCGACGAAGGGCAAUUUCCACCACAGUUGCACCUGCCAGCACGAAUUUAACUGGUGUGACCAAUCCGACUGUCUGUCUUCUGCAUGGUGAACCUAUGCUGUUUGGUGUUAACAACAAUUAUUUCCCAGAGUACGAUGAGGGUAAUCUGUACAAUACUAACCCGAACUUUGAUUUUGGAGCCUUUAAGGACAUGGCCGAGAAACAUCGACUCAUGAAGACCAAUUCGACUCUGUUCUCCUUCAAAUUCAGUGAAGCUGGAGUUUAUGUUUUCAUGCUUAGCUCAAAUUCCGACAGCAAAAUGUUCAUUCGCGUGAUGGCGAAGGGAGCCCAGUGCGCCGAAGACGGUCCGUUCUUUCCGACCACUCCACGACUCAUCAUCCAAAACGGGAUUGCCAUCGACAGCAACAUCCUUAUCACACCUGAUUGGCUUUACAUCGGACUAAUGCUUGGCAGUUUCUUCCUUCUUGUGAUUGUACUUGCAAUUGCAUUGAUGAUAUUCCGCAAGCAUGGCUGGAGGAAAAUCAUGUACUUGAACCCUCGCUACCGGUCGAAAGCUGCAGCCUACGAUUUCGAUAAAUACUCCUCAAAAGGCUCUGCAGUUCACCCCGUCAAAAAGAUGAAUAUUCACAAUCAAAUCCUGGGAGCUUACGAGCAGGCACCCCCGGCUAUCACUAGUGCUGCAGAAGGAACUUCAGCUGGCCAAGUUGUUGCCGUGGAUGAUGUCCAAAUAAAAGGUGACGAAUUCUGGGAUUACAACCAACAAGUUGAUUUAGAAGCUUUCAGCACAAAAGAUUUCUACUCAACUCUUUCCAAACAGUCAAGUGACGUUACAUCAGCUCUGGCCAAGCAAAAAGACCAGGUCAAGCAGCUUUACCAAAAGAUUCAGAGCCAAGCCGAAUCCCUUAAGGGAUUAUGGGUAGCAAAGCUGAACUUGAAAGGAAGGUCUGCCUUAGCAACACAAGAGGAUUUGCAGGAGUUUGAGCGAAAACGGGAAGAGCUUGAAAGAGAAUUAGAACGCCGAAAAGAAGUUGGUUCCUCAUUCCUUGAAAUGUUGGAUAAGCAAGGAGACGUUUUUGAUAAAGAUAACAAAGCUCGUGAAGCUCACCAAGUGGCAUUUAUGUCACAGCUGAGAGAGGCUGUCAGAAUUCUAAAAGAUUACGCACAUAGCAGAGGAAAAGCAGAUGAACUGGAUCCAGAACACGAAUUCGAUGAAAACCUCCAGCAUAGGGUCGGUGCGAGAGUGCAAGCUUUGAUUGAAAGAUUGUCUGUCGAGCUAACAAGUGAAGCCAGAAGACGUGGAUGCUGGGGCCUACUUGGUCAGUGUACCGGCGCCAUGAUUGUUGAUCAAAACGAGGAGCCUGUACUGCGAGAGAGGCUCUUCAACGCUGAUGGUAGUGUAAAAGACGAGAACCUUGUAUUCCUUGACCCUAAAACAGGAUUGAUAAUGCCCAACUCGUUGGAAUUAUUCCUCUGGCUGCCUGACGCUAAAAGAGGCGGUGAUACAUGCAAAGUUGAGAUACCUCCUGGUUUCUUCAUUCAUCCAGUUACAGCAAGAGCAAUGCCAAUUGAAGGAAACGUUGCUUACGAUCCAGUGUCAUCGCGCCUCAUACUCACCACCGACAGUGCCAAUGGCGAGGCUACGAACUCUUCAGAGCCACUUAUACCGUACGUACCAUACCCUAUCAACCCCCAUACGGGGCAACCUGUUGAAUGCCAUCUGUCUCCGCUUGACAAAAGAGGCGAUAUGCGACUAAAUGGCUCAAUGUCAGAUCCGACUAAAGGACUGCCAGUGCCAAUACUUGGAAUGACGAUACACCCUGUCACAGGUAAUGCAUUCCCUGUUGGUGGCUGCCACGAGGACCCUGUCACUGGCCUGCCUGUUGCCAUUGAACUUGGCUCUAUGAUGCUUGACAAAAUUACUGAAAAGCCUGUACCCAUCAUUGCCGUCACAAUAGAUCCGUUCUUGGGAACAGUGAUCCCUGUAGGUGGAACAGUGCUGGAAGACCAAGAGUCUCCAAUAGCCAUACCCGUGUUGCUUUAUGACAGCUUUGUUGAAGCUUCCUCUGAGCAAGAGCUCAAAGUUACUAGUGCAAGAUUCAUUGAUGUUGAAGAAGGAUGUGUAGAAAGGUUUGCUGGAGGAUUCAGAGCACUGACAGACGUGAAUGAGUUGUUUCAUGAGUCAAAGGUACUUGAUGCUCUGCGUGACUUGAAUGAUGGCCUGACAGGAACAGAGCAUACUUCUGGAAGGCACGAAGAGAAUGUUCUUGAAACCUGCUCGAAAGACCUUGGCAAGGCAAGGAACCGCAUGAAAACGCUGCAAAUAAGAGAUCGUCUUGAUCUAGCAAGAAGGCAGGAAAGAGCAACUGUUCUUGAAGAAAAUGGGGGAUCCCCUGGAAUGUAUGAAUAUGUCACAACGGGACAGUUGCUGCCAAUUCUCGUUGGAACCUCAAUGAAAGAUCCUUUCGGAUCUGGGCUUGAUGUGCCAAUUCUGGGAGUAGAGAAAGACAAAAGUGGAGAAGGCAUAAUACCGCUUGGCGGGUCAGUUGAGGAUCCUUAUGGUGAAGGGUUGGUUGCUAUCCAGCUUGGUGAGAAAAUUGUUGAUCCAGUUAUGGGCAAGUUGUCGACCGUUGUUGCUGCAAGAUACAACCAUGAGUUAGGGGCUACGGAGCCAGUGACAUCACUUUCAAGUCAAAAUCAACGCAAGAAGAAACCACCACAUGGAUCUCUUCAAAUGCUUGAGGAAGAAUUGGUUGGCCGCAGAAGUUACUGGAGAAGACAGCGUCAUAGAGAGGAUGAGCUGACAUCUGUCGAGACUCAGCUUGUAAAACAAAUGCUAGAGGACGAGAAUGUCACUGCACAGAUAGUCAUUGAGAAACAGGAGAUGAUAAAUGAGAGUAUUUCCUCUAUUGUCGAAGCUUGCAACCGCGAAUUGCAGAGAAGAGGCGAAGCUGCCAUUGAGCAUGCUUCUGGGUUACCACCAGAUGUUGUUGCUGUGUUGACGCAGUUUGAUGCGGAAGAGCGAGAAAGAGAAGAGCAACAUAAACAAUCGCAUUUCAAGUUUAGGGAAUGCGUUGAAAGAUUCUUUAACAAAUUGCAAACGGAGGAGAAUAAGUAUAAGACAAGGAUGGAAGAACUUGAGGGCGCCAUGAAUCCUGAUGCAGAAGAGACAAUAGCUGAAAGAUACAGGAAUGCGAAAUCACGACUGAGAAAUGAUCUUAAAGAUCAGCUACAAACGAGGAUGGAAACCCUUGAUGAACAGCACGAAUCGCUCGAGUAUACAAGGGAACUGGUUGAUCUCAGUGGAACUGAAGCAAAGGGUUUGCUGACGUCAUCUGUCUACCACGCUGGCGAUUACGAUGCAAAUUUGCCUGGUUCUUAUGGUGAUAACAUUGCCACUUCAGAAUCAAGUCGUGAAUUGAUUGCUUUGCUGCAGAAACUUAUUAAAGUCAUAAGUGAAAACGGGCCUUUAAGUGCUGUAGAACUGGCACCUCUGAUUGGUGGCACUACUCUUGGGGUGAUUGGUGAAGCAAGUGGUGCUAGACCUAUGCCUGUUGGUGCAGAAAGGCAGUAUGCUGGUGCAAACAUUACGACAGGCAAAACAUACAGCAUCACUGAAACAUCUAUAAUAAAUGCAGAAGGUAGAAUAACGCGGGAAACCGCGUUAGGCCGAGCUCAUGAUCGCCUUGGAGUGCCAGAGCGAACAAAAGAGUCAUUCAAUGCUGACGAGAUCUUAUCUAGAAUUGAGGUUUCGAAGCUUGGUGAGGCAACUGCAAGCCACCAAGUUGAUAUAAGGGAUGUCAUUGCAUCAGGGGAAUUGACGGAAGAGAAGCGCAAGGAGAUCAUGAAGGCAAUAGUUGAAAAGCAUAUGAUGGAGUCAGCGAAGCUUGAAAGUGGCCUGCGCCAGGCGGAAAUUAAGGAGAUUAAUGAAGUUUUGGAAGAUAUUCAAAGCAAAAAGGAAAAGGUUGCUGCUAGACUGAAGGACGAGUUGAAAGAGAAACUGCGUUCAGCCUCGGAGGAGGAAAGGGAAGACAUUAUCUUAGAAUAUGCUAAGAAAUUGCAAGAUGAAACGAAUGCAAUACAUAAUGAAAAACAACGAAGGCUCAAGGACAAAAGGGCGAAGCUUAAACAAGAGCGAAUGAACAAAAGGCGUGAAUUAAUGAGAAAACAUAUGGAAGAAGCCAGAGCUGCCGGCGUUGCUGACAUUAUUGAUCUUGAAUUGCCAAGUGAAGAUGAGCUUGAAAGAGAGUUGAUGCAUCUCGAGAGAGAACAAGAGAAGCUAAUCGCAGAGCUGAGGAAGGCCUACCAAGAUGACAUGGAGGCUGAGAGCAGUGAGCGAAGGGCUGCUCUCAACGAAGAAAUGGAGAGAAAAGCGAGAGAACUGAAUAUUUUGAACAACCCCAAGGCUGAAGAGCAGCUGAAUGAUCUCAGAAACAACCAAGGAAAGAAACAACAGAGUUUGAAAGAUAAACUACGUGAAAGGAAGGAAAGGCGAAAGCAUAGAAGUGCAGAUCUAGCAAAUAUGACAGAGGAGGAAAAGGCUGAGUUUUUUGCAACCGCAGCUGCGGAGGAGGAUGUAGACAACACAAUGGCUGACAACACCAUUAUGUCAGCAAUUUUGGAAAUUGAUAAUGAAGAGAAGAAGAAAUUAGUUUCAAGCAUUGUAAGAGAGAAAUCUGAAAUGAGUGAUGACGAAAAAAGAGAAAUGGUAGAGAAGUUUCUUGCAGAUGCCAGUGAAAUGGAAGAGAAGUUCAAGAAUCAACAGGAGUACAGUGAGGCUGUUGUUGCUGCGAAAUUAGCCGCCAGAAAGAGGCUACGUGAUCAGAAGCUGAAAGAGGCCGCUUUGAAGAAAGAAUUGGAUGCACUCUCUGCAAAACAGGCCGAGUUAAUGGGUGGCACAGAUAGCUCCAGCAUGAAGGAGAUUGCCUCUUCUUCAGUUAGUGAAGAGCAAAAGAGACAGCAAGAAGAACUGCUUGAAAAGCAAGAGGAGAAGCAGGUAAAGAUGGAUUUGAGCCACGCAGCGGAUGUCAACAAAAUGAAAGAGGAAUUGGACGACGACGCGAAAAUGGCACAGGGCUCUAUUGUUUCGCAAAUGGAUGAGCAGAAAACCAAGGCUUUGGAGGAGAGGCGUGCAAAAUUCGAGAAAGAACUCGAACAGCGCAAGAAAGAUCUGUCGGAGGAGCAGCUGAAUGCAUUGAUGAGUGAACACCAACAACAAAUUGACUUGCUCGAGAGGAAUAUGGACUCAGAGAAAAGCAGGCAGAUUUCGACAUUGCAGGAUAGGAUUGCAGAAAGGAAGCGAAAGAGGGCCGCUGCCUUGGCCAUGAAACAUGAGGCAGAAAUGGCAAAGGAAAUGAUGAAACAGCAGCAGGAAAGAAGCAAACUACAGAAUGACCAGCUGCGAGAAGUUCAGAAUGAAAAGCUUGCUCAGCACGUUGCUGGAGGUGAUCCUAAGGACGCUGAAAAUCUUAUUUACAAAGUCCUUGAGCAACGGCACAUGCGUGAGCGGGCAGAACAAGAGGAGCAGUUCGCUAGGGAAAAGGAGAUUGCUCGCAUCGAGUUACGUGCUGCUAUGGAGGAGAAUAGGCAAGCCGAGAGAGAAGAGCUUGUCGCCAAGCAAGAGAAGGAAUUUAUGGAUUUAAUUGCUGAAGCUGGAUCUUUGAGCAGUACAGAUUUAUCUCAGCGGAAAGCGGAGCUUAAACUGAAGCAUAAGAAACAACUCGCUGAAUUCGACAAAGAGUCUGAAGAGAAGUUAAGAGAAACGGAGACAGAGCCCCUUUCUUCCCUUGAGAUAAGACAUGCACAUGCGCGGUUGGAGUUGCGCGAGAAGCAGAUGACGGAGCUUGCUGGAUCAAUGCAGGACCUUACUUCAGAAGAGGAGCUUGUUGAACAGUAUAAUGAGCAGGCGGAGAAGGCAGCCGAAGCUGCGAAGGCGUACCGUGAAAAUGCUUCCUUUGAAAUCGCCUCUAAAAUUGACGAUAUGAAAAAGAAUAUGAGACUUCAAAAUGAAGAAGAAAAGAAACGAAUGGAGGCUGAGCUCAGGAAACUAGAACAAGAGCUUGAAGAUGAACGCGAGAAAGAAAUUUUGAAGGCCGCUGACAAGGAAGCUGAAAAAGAGGCUUCAAAUAAGCGAAAAGAACAAGCGGAGAAACUGGAACAAGCUCAGAAAGAGGUUGAUGAGUCUGAAAAGGAGAAAUUGAUGAAGGAACAUCUCGAGAAUAUGUCGAAAUUUGAAGAAAAUUUGAAGAAAGAACAGGCAAGAACAAAAGAGGCAUUGCGUCAGAAACUUGAGGAAAGAAGACGAAAGAGAAAGCAGUCUGAAGGUGCUAAGUCUCAAGAAGCCUUGAGUGGAGAGGAAUCAUUUAGUGCAACUGGCACACCACAGAAGAUCGCUGCUUUGCAAGACAGUUCAAGGAGCAUAUCACAAACGCCCGUAAAAUCAGCGACAGGUCCAUUAACACAGAGAAUGGAAAGUGGGGAAUAUCCCGUAGUAACUGCAGGCUUGCCGGAAGGAAUGACUGAGCAAGAUUGGCUGAGCAUGCUUUUGGGAUCGCCCCUCUUCGAGACUGUCAACAAGAUUGAAGACAUGGUCAAGAAUGGCACCGGCGAUGCAGGCAUUGCUGGAGCAAAAGGAGGACGACCAUAUAUUGACAUCAAGGACGCACAAUGGAUGUGCAAGGGAGAGCUAAUUCCAGUUGACAUAAACGAACUCAGUCCAACACACUUUGUCGUCUACCGAUUCGGUGUCUUCGUCACCCAGCUUUUGCAGCAGCACUUGGAUAUCCCAGAGGUCACCUUGCUAUUGGCAUCCAGCUUGCCACCAAAUAAUUAUGCCAACAAUGCAUUUAGAAACUCAUUCUUCUUUGAGCGUUCGAGAAGAAUUUUAUUUAUCAGGCAAGAAAGGAUGGAAAGUGUGGGUGACUUUAUCGUUGUUGUUUUGCAUUGCAUGGCACAUGUCAAAAUAGACAACCUCACUGAUGACAACAACCCACUCUUCUUGAGAGAAUUCUACAAGGCGCUAAGAAUCUGCUGCCAAGACAUGUUUUUCGGCCGGUCAAGAUCGUCGCCAACGGUCAAUGCUUUGACUGGCGCAAGGCAGGGCGCUGACAACGUCACUUUACAGAACCCUCUGCAAAAUGCAUUCAGACACACAAAAACAACUCGACACAGGCUUAAUGUCGUUGAAGAACUAUUUAAUGUCAAGGUUAACCAGCCUCUGGAGAAAGACAUUUCGAAUGAGGCUGUCAUUCAGCGGAUUUCAAAGAGCAAUAAAUUCAUUGACAAUGGAAAGCUACGAGCGUACCUGCGAAGCGUUGCUGGUAUAGGAGCUACGGAGGAGGAAGAUAAAUUCGCCCAGAAGCGGCUAAAGGAGCUCAGUGGGCCCUCGCUGCAGCCUGCCCCCAAACAACCGGUUCGACGAGUUUCAUCUUUAAAACCAACACUAAUGACGCCCACAGAGCUUCUAGAUAUUCAAAUAUCAGAGCUCGAAGGCCGAGUCGAUAACUUGAAUGCUGAGCUGACAACAGUGAUGAAAACAAGGUCAGAUUUAGCAUUGAAUAUUGAGAAACUCAAAGAGAAAAAUGUUGGUAUGGAGUUGAUUGAACGAAGACAACAACAACUGAAUGACACACAGUUGCAGAAGGAUAAUCUAAUGAAGAAACUGAAGUCUUUAGAGGCGCAAAUCGCUCGUAAGCGAAGAGAGAAAGGGGUUUAAUUUAUAAGUAAAAGUUUUUUGUUUUAGCGAAUGUGUGUUUUGAGCUGAGCACCAAGUGAGAAAGUAUUGUAAUUGUGCACCAAGUGAUUUGUUGAUUUUACACAGUGAUUUAGUAUGAUUAAUCAUUUUAAUGAUCGACCAUGUGCUGGUUCUGUUGGGUUAUUGAUUUUAGCCAAAACGUUUCCUUACAGCUUCCAAUUGCCCAUUCACGUUUCCAUGCAUUUCUCUCAUCCAUUUUCAUUCAUUUUAUGUAAAUAUCUGCAAGCUUUCAUUUUGAUGAAUUUAAAUCCACAAUUUAACAAAACUGACAACGGUGAAGAAUAAAACGGCAAAGUGCCUUAUAUUGAACUCUAAAAGGACUAAAUUUACGCCUAUCCUAAAUUUUUUUGGUCAGCAAGUUUUAAAUCUUUAACCCAACCUGAACAUUUUCACGGUACAUAUGUAAAUAUUCUCAGGAUGGAUGUAAAAUUUGCAGCUUAACCGACCGGGAUAUUUUUAUAGCUAUAAAUAAUCAUUCUUUCGUGUUUGCAAGAUCGAUGUAAUGUAGUUUUGUAAUUAUGUUAUAAACACGUUUACAUAGUUGGUACUAUUUAUUUUUAAAUUUAUAUGUUGCAUUAAAGGCAUAAGUUAAUAA